AUGCUCAUGUGGCAAACGAGGAGUUCGACGAGGGCCUGCCGCAGUCGGAGUUUGACUACGAGGAGAGACACACCAGGGAAAUUCCCUCGCAGGCCUACGGAGCGCCGGUCGUUUACAAUUCGCAGUCCAGCUAUUCAGCGCCGAAGGACCAAGGAUACUCCGCCCCAGCUGCUCCGGUCUACUCACCGUCCUAUUCAGCGCCUGCCGCUCCUGCUCAGUCGUAUUCAGCGCCUGCUGCUCCAGCCCAAUCGUAUUCAGCGCCUGCUGCUCCAGCUCAGUCGUAUUCAGCACCAGCUGCACCAUCGUAUUCAGCACCUGCCUCUCCAUCGUAUUCAGCACCGGCAGCUCCAUCGUAUUCAGCUCCUGCUGCCCCAUCGUAUUCAGCUCCUGCCGCUCCAUCGUAUUCAGCACCGGCAGCUCCAUCGUAUUCAGCACCAGCUGCACCAUCGUAUUCAGCACCUGCGGCUCCAUCGUAUUCAGCUCCUGCCGCUCCAUCGUAUUCAGCUCCUGCUGCCCCAUCGUAUUCAGCUCCUGCGGCUCCAUCGUAUUCCGCACCUGCGGCUCCAUCGUAUUCAGCGCCUGCGGCCCCAUCGUAUUCAGCUCCUGCCGCUCCAUCAUAUUCAGCACCUGCCGCUCCAUCGUACUCCGCACCUGCGGCUCCAUCAUAUUCAGCUCCUGCCGCUCCAUCGUAUUCCGCACCAGCUGCACCAUCUUAUUCAGCUCCUGCACCAGCCAGUUAUUCAGCGGCUGCUGCACCUUCUUAUUCAGCGCCAAAGGCUCCAUCUUAUUCGGCGCCCGCUGCACCCUCCUAUUCAGCUCCUGCUUCAUCCAGUUACUCAGCGCCUGCAUCUCCAUCUUAUUCAGCGCCUGCAUCUCCAUCCUAUUCAGCACCCGCAUCUUCAUCUUAUUCAGCCCCCUCAUCAUCAUACUCAGCUCCUUCUGCCCCAAGCUAUUCAGCACCCAAGGCUCCAUCUUAUUCAGCGCCAGUCGCUCCAUCUUACUCCGCCCCUGCUGCUUCAUCUUAUUCAGCACCAAAGGCUCAAUCAUACUCAGCUCCAUCCUAUUCAGCACCUGCCGCUCCCUCGUAUUCAGCUCCCGCAUCAUCUGGAUAUUCAGCGCGGGCGUAUUCAGCGGGCUCUGCAGCACCGGCAUCCUCUGGAUAUUCAGCACCAAAGGCAUCCUCCUCCGGUUAUUCAGCCCCUGCAGCGGCGCCUGCCGCGCCAUCCUAUUCAGCACCCAAGGCCUCUGCUGCUUCUUCUGGUUAUUCGGCUCCUGCUGCUUCUUCUGGUUAUUCAGCUCCUGCCUCGAAAUCUUCGGGAUACGCUCGCACCCAAAUGGAUCAAAUCGUUGGAAUGGCAAGGACAGCUGGCUACGGAUCUGCGCCAUCCUACGGAUCUGCUGCUCCUGCUCCGUCCUACGGCGGCGCCUCGGUUCCAUCGCCACCGUGCCCCAAAAACUAUGUAUUCAGCUGUGCGAGCGUUUUCACCCCAGCUCCUUGCAGCCAGGGAUACGGAUACUAAAUGUAAACUAGACCUCAACGCGAUCUUAAUAAAAUGUAAAAAGGAAAUUAUUGAAAAAAAAGAGGAUAACAGAGAAAAAGAAAAAAGAGAGAGAAGAGGUAAUAUCACCACCACCACCACUUUAAACUGA